AUGGAGGACACUACCCUCCUAAAGCCGACCAUACACGUGGAGGUGCUUCUGAAGAGCAAAGUCAGCGUCGAGGUCUCUCAACAGAUUGCCACGGACAUUCGCGAAGCUCUCAUCGGCCGUUACAAGGUACUGACCGUGAACAGCAGGAUCGAUGCCUAUGAUUCAAUCUAUGCAUCGCACAUAGAGGCGUGCUUUAUUGUCGACUUCACAGGCCCUCAGAGUGCGACUGGCGUCCAUCGUGUUCAAGAGACGCAACUCGACGUUCAAACCUACUCACUGCACACAGUCCAUGCAAGUGGAGUUCCACGCCGCCGUAUCAGUCAAUCAGGCGGUGCAGAUGACGAUGUGCCUCAAGCUCGUGUCCUGGCUUUGCCGAAUGUGUCUCUUACUGGGGAAUGGGACAGUCUAGUCUACGACGAUGGACUGCCCGCACGAAUUCUACGUUAUCUCACUCGGAUGCUCGGUGUGAUGAGACAGCCCAACUUAAACCUCAGCACAUUCAACUGGAACCGACUCGUCCUACUUCAUGGACCGCCUGGCUCAGGCAAAAGCACUUUGUGCCGUGCUCUUGCCCAAAAGCUCAGCAUUCGACUCUCUGCAAGCUUCCCACAAGCUGUACUCGUGGAAGUCAACACAAGUGCAAUGCUCUCAAAGUACUUUGGGGAGAGUGGAAAGCUCAUAGGAAAAUUGUUUGAGAAUAUCAACGGACUUGCACAAUCAUCAACUACUCUCGUCUGUGUUGUAAUCGAUGAGGUCGAAACCAUUGCUGGAUCCCGGCAGAAGGCGACCGAUGGUGGAGAAUGUAGCGACGGGUUACGAGCCACAAAUCAGCUCCUCACAGCGCUGGACAAAAUUCGUGCUUUGCCCAACAUAAUCAUACUCUGCACAAGCAAUUUGAUCAGUGCAAUGGACUCUGCCUUCCUCGAUCGCGUAGACAUCAAACAGCUGAUACCAAGCCCAUCCCCUGCAGCCAUCUACAACAUCUUCCGCUCAUGCCUGAACGAAUUGGUUCAUUCUCGCAUCGUCGACACAGCUACAAGAGCUCCGCCAACCACAUCUCCCUUCGAUUCUGAUCCACUCCCGCUUUCGUCGCCUUCCUUUCCUCCCGAACGCCGUACUUGGGGUCAAAGUCAGCGUCAAGGAGGCAAUCCGCCACCAUUCUCUCUAAAACAACCAUCCGACUGGUCUUUGCUGGAAGGGAUCGAUUCAUCUUCCACCGUAAAAUCCCUAUCAGGAGGAUCUACCACAGCUCUGCGAAUGAACUCCAAGACAAGCGGUAAGAGGAAGAGGACUUCCUCAGCAAAGACUAGCCAGWCCGUUGACAUUCCGGAAAUUGCUGGAAAGCCCUCAUCGCCUCGCGACGAAGUAGAGCAGCCAGCAAUCCCAACUUACAUCGGCCUACAGAUGCUCCGAAACGCAAAAUCCGAUCUCUCCUAUGGCGGCCGUGUCUGGGCUCUGGCAGAGAAAUGUGUCGGCUUCAGUGGGCGGACUCUGAGACGCUUKCCUAUCCUCGGCUUGGCGAUGUACACGUGGGGAGGUGAGUGUUCGCUUCAUGAUGCUAUUUCUGCUCUGGAGUCUGCCGUUGAGCAGGAGUUGAWGGCAAAGUCCGAGUAG